AUGAGAAAGCCAAUUCGUAACCUAAUUCACAGAGAUCAAGCCGAUGUGGAUGCAGCCGGAGCUCAAGUUGAGUACUACAUCGAGAAUCGGAUGGCACUCAAUUUCUCCGUUGUUGUUGUCAACUACGGAAAUUGCUCAUUCGAAAACCCGACUGCACCUCUUCCUACCGUAUCCAAUCACGAAACGUCUACUGUGUUUCCAUCUACUGUGCCCAAUUAUGAGACUACAGCUACCAAGCCCGCUCAGAAGCCUACACCGACGAUACCUAGUCUACCAGUGGCAAGCAUUAACAACACUGGAUGCAACUGCGUUCUGAAAACUGUCUGGCUGGACGUCUUCCUUCUCAUGGAGGCUAACGUAGCCAUGACGCCUGGUGGAAUAAUCUCGGCCACUGACUACGUGGUGUCAGCGUUUACGAAACUCACCGAGUGGGUCAAGCCAGCGCAGUAUCAAACACGAUUUGGUGUCAUCCGUUACGCCAGCAGCGUUGAUCUGAUCGCGGAUUUGAACGUUUAUACUUCAACAGCAGAUCUGUUUGACCUGGAUAUUCCGUCACUGAACGAAACAGGGACCAACAUCGAAGGAAGCGGCGGAUACAACGACCCCACGCAAGCAGCUGGCGAAUUCCGUGAAGAUGGCGGCACAAUCAUCACCAUCGAAUAUGUGCAGGAGCACGGAUUGACCGUGCCGUUACUACGAUCGCUGGCUUCACCGAAUUACAAUCUGACAAACAAGAAAGAUGACGGCACAGCAUUACGUGCGGAUGACUUACGUCAGCUGCUUUGUGAAGGUGAGGUCCACUUCAUUGCACAGCCCUACCAUUUCAUGAGAACAGCCCGCUCCAUUGAA